AAACGUGAUACUGAAUGAAGUGACUGUGCGAAUUACACAUGGCAGCUCGUCAAUCGCGUGUUUGGUGUUAUUUUCAAUAAACUGACUGUAUAUUCUGCUUACUGGGACCCGAGAAUUGACAUAUGACGUGCAUGUUCCAUUUGAGCGGUCUGUCUUGUCUAUACGGCGGAUGCCGUUAGGAGAUAAUCAGUUGCUGUUGAGCGCCCAGACAAGGGAAGCGCAGUGAGUCAUACCAUGAUAGUCACUAAAUCUUCUGCGCUUGUACAAAGUGCGUUACAUCCAACGGCACUUUCCUGUGACACCCAGUAUUGCUAGUGCAAAUGUGAAAUUUGUGAACAGGUAACAUUUAAGGCAAAGUUUUACCGUUAAAUAUUUUGCCUCCACUUGUGAAACAUACUCAGCAUUAUCAGGUGCAUUUUGAAAAGUUUCUGUAAGACAGUGAGUUCUCAAAGUAAAUAUUCUGUUGAUGCCAGUGCUGACGUAUUUUGGGAAAAUAUGGACACCGAAGCAUUAAAUUGUUCAUAUAUCCUGUGGAAUCUCAGUGUUGUUAUGUGGCAUGGCUUCGUCAGGCUCAAAUAUUUCUCCAGAAGCGCUAAGAAAUUUCAGGCAUCACUAUUUUGUGACACACUGGGGAAAGAAAGUGUUGUUCUUGAUAUAUAACCUUAGUUUUCUCCAUGGGCAACACAAGACCAUCUACGAGAUUCUCAGUGGUAAUGGAGUACGACUUACGAAGAAAGGACCUUUUAAUCCCCAGGAAAUAAAAAAUCUAACAGAUAGGCCUCCAGAAGCUUUGGACGUCACAUUACUAAAUAAAAUCUGUCAAACUCUUUGGCAGAAACGGGUGAAUGAUCCUGGUGAUGAACUUAAAAAACUAGUGAAAAAGAUAAAAGAUGAGAGAAACUUUGUUAGCCAUGAAGCUCCCGAUCUCUCAGACACAGAUUUAGAAAAGAAACUCAAAGACUUUCAAGCAAUGCUCAAGGAAACCCUUGAUAAAACCAAGUGUUACUUUCCGUGCCAUAGUUGUGAAAUUGACCAACUGAAUGCAGAGAUCAAAGUUGCUGUUACAGAUCUGCUUAGAAAGAUCCGAGAGAAAUAUGAUCCCUCAAACUCAGAGGAUGUACGGAACCUUAAAGACGAAAUGGCUGAAUUCUGGAGUGUGUUUUCUGAAGAUAUACAAAAUUUUUCUCGAGAAGAAUUCCUGUCUCUGUAUGGUCGCCUCUGUCAGAUUUUGCCCUUUGACUGGCUAGUUCAGUAUGGUAUUAUGGAUCCAUGUACCAUCAUGAUUCCCUUAAAGAUGGAGCUUGAUAAGGAAUUUCAUGGUUGUCGCCAAGGCAAUGAAGGUAUCAUUGUAGAUCAAACAGAUAUUCUCACAGCUCAAGGCCCAAUGGGAACAAACCCUGAAGUUGUGAUUAUAUCUGGUGAUGCAGGUUCAGGAAAAACUACAAUUCUCUGUUCUAUUGUAGAAAAAUGGCAUAAAAAGAUAGUGGAUAUGACAGGACUCUCUUCCUUCCAAACUUUACUAUACAUGCAGUUUAGGAAUCAUAGCCAUGAUAACUUUGAUGCCUACCUUCAAAGCUUGGUUCCACAGACUGUAUCUCGUUAUUCUAUUAGUCAAGUGAAGUCAUCAGUUAUUAGUUCAAAAUGUCUAGUCUUAUGUGAUGGGUAUGAUGAAGGAAAUGAAAAUUCUGAAAAACUUUUUGAAGAAAUUUUAACACUUAGUUCAAAACAUAUGAAAAUUGUUGUCACAACACGUCCGGGAAAUACUCAGAGGCUAACAGAUAUUGUGAAUAAAGGACAACGUUCCAGACUCAACCUUAAAGUGUUAGGUCUUCAGAAAAACGAUUUGAAUUCUCUUACAGAAAAGCUCAUAGGCCAACUCAUGAAAGAUGAUGCCAUCCUACAAGAAGAAAUGAAAAGAGAACUGUUUGAGAAAAUAAAAGGCAUGAACACUGGAACUAACGUAAUCCUGCAGACGCCACUGUAUUUUAACCUGUUCAUUCUUCUUUACAUUGAAUGUCCAGACUUAAGGAAUGAAAUAAGUACCAGAACAUCGCUUUACUUACAAUUGAAAAAGCACAUGACCAAGAGAAUCUCCAACAAGAUAGGAAUCUCUACCGAGUCACUGAAGGAAUUUGAUGCAUUGUACAGAAAAUGGUCUCUGAAACAUUACAGCGAAAACAAAUAUGAAUGGUCUGAGACUGACGUAAUAAGCUUAAAACAGGAGAUUAGUUGUCAAGAGUUAUUUCAAAACUUUGAUGCUAUCAUGUCAUCGCAUUUCUGUAUAAAAUACACUAAAAAGCAAUUAGAGAUUGAAAAGGUAUUCUGCCACAGACACAGAAGUGAGCAGGAAUUUACAGUUGCAAGCAGUAUCUGUGAUGACAUUAUCAAAGCAAGUAGAAUGCAACAAGAAGGAAACAUUAUUCUUGAUGUGAUGCAGUCAAAAGGACUUCUGGAUGUUGAAGAUGGAAUGAAAAAAAGUCAUCAAUUUUCUAAAUUAAAAGAUAUCAUAUCUUAUAUACCAGGAAUACUGCACAGCUCAGAGAAAGAUGUGUUAUACAAAAUAAUAAAUAACAUUCACGAAAUAUGUGUCUCAUACUGUGUCCCUUUUGAGACAUAUGAUGAACUGUUGGUACCAUGCAUUGAAACAAGAUUAGACAAGAAAAUUUUGAAAUCACUUAUUGAACUAAUGAAAAAAACGCCUGAGAUGAACGAUAUCACUUUCAAAAGAACUGAUAGUCUUUUGGUCCUACCUUCUUUACUGUCUAAAUUGAGGCCUGGAAACAUUCGAUUUAGAGAUAUACCAAUCAACCAUUCAGAACUCGACAAAACACUAAAGAAGUCCAAUCGCCACAGUAUUCAUACAGAAUUUUGGCAGAAUAUAUUUUUAGAAAACUAUGCAGAACAAUCAGGACUGGCUUUGCAACCAGUGGAUAUGUUAA